AUGGGUCGCCACGGCGAUACGGCGACGAGAGCCAUGGAUGAGGAAAGAGUUCGGCCCCCCGGAGAAGCUGCAGACUGGCCAAAAUGCGGAGAGCCCCAGUCCCAGCGCCGAGGCAAAUCAGCAAUGAUGAAUUCUCAUUCCAUCGACCAAUCGAUUGGCUGCCAUUUCCAGCUGAUGCUGAAGCUCACCAUCGGCCCAUCAGCCAGCCAGACAUGCGCAUCGGGAAAUGCGGACACUGAACAGUAA